UAACUUCAGGGUCGGCCAUACGUUGUCCUCGUCUCUCUUUCCUGUUGUCCUCAUGUAAACAGAAACUUUAUGUUCAGUCUUUAUCAUCACUGACAGGCUCGAAAACACUGAUCAUCUGCCUAACACUAUAUAAAGACGAACUAACAUGCAGAAAGAUCAAGACCAUCAAACAUCAGAGCGAAAAAGAAUUUAUAAAGUAUGGCCAAGUCUAGAAUUAACAGUGGCAAGAAGAAGAACAGCAUAGUGAAGCUCAAGGUUGCAGUAGAAAAGCUGCAGUGGAGUCUAUUGUUGAGCCGGAAAUCCAAUUCAAGUUUUGAAGACGACUCUACCUCAGUGCCCGAAGACGUUAAAGAAGGUCAUUUUGCGGUGAUUGCCGUGGACGGGGACAAACCGAAGAGAUUCGUGGUGCCGUUAAGUUAUCUGGCUCACCCAACUUUCUUGAAGCUGCUGGAGCAAGCGGCCGAGGAGUACGGUUUUGAUCACGAGGGUGCCCUAACGAUUCCUUGCCUGCCAAGCGAGCUUGAGAAGAUAUUAAGUGAUGAGCAGUGGCAGAAGAAAGACUCAUCCUCAUCUAGCUAGGGUGUUAACUGGAGUUCUUGUAAAGCUUUGGUGCGGAGCUACUGAGUGAUAAAGUUUAAUUUUAUGGUAAAUUUUUUUUUAGACAAAAUUUUUUACGGUAACUUACCACCCACGUACGGUGGUUUAUAUCAAGAAAUAGGAUCUUUUGCUCAUCUUUUUCUUGUAUUGUCCAGAGUUACUAAAUGUCAAGUGCCCUUCCCUUUCUCGAAGUUACAUUGAGAUGUAUAGGACUACUAGUUUGUUGCCAAAUAUGGUUGAGUAUAAAAAAAAGUAGUCCUACCGCUCCCACCAUGCAGACCUUGUACAAUCAGGCCCUAAAAGCCAAUGUUGAGCAAUCACUGUACUGGUUCUAAAACAUUAUUUUCGGCCCC